CACGUGAUUAUUUACGAAUAUUUCCAUGACAACAUUCAACUAAGAAUCUGAAUCUGUUGAGAAAAUUUAUUUUUGCGAAAUCCAGGUUUAUUUGGUAUUUCCUUUAUUUAAAGCUACCGGGGACGUUCGCUUUACAAUCAUGCCUCCCAAAAAGGGCAAAGGUAAGAAGGGAAAGAAGGGAAAAAAGAAGUCGGCAAAACCAAAAACCCCCACAGUAGUCGAUGGAAUGUCUACUGAAGAAAUGUCCAAGGAGCAGCUGGAGGAACACAUUGGUCGAUUGAGAGAAGAACUUGACCGAGAAAGAGAAGAAAGAAAUUAUUUCCAACUUGAAAGGGACAAGGUAAACACAUUCUGGGAGAUUACUAAGAAACAACUCGAUGAAAAGAAAGCUGAACUUCGUAAUAAAGAUCGUGAGAUGGAAGAUGCUGAAGAGAGACAUCAGAUUGAGAUCAAAGUCUACAAACAAAAAGUGAAGCAUCUUUUGUACGAACAUCAAAACAACAUUUCCGAGCUCAAGACCGAGUCGUCUAUCGCCCUCAAGCGGGCACAAGAGGACCACAGGCUACAGGAGUCGGAGUUAAGGAAAGAUAAGCGAGCGUUGAAAGUGAACAUCAAGGAGCAGGAAUUGUCGCACGAGGACGCCGAUAAAGACCUCAGGAUGAAACAAGAUGGUAACAUUACUGCAAUGAGAGAGGAUUUUGAAAGGCAAGCAAAAGAGAUUGAAGCGAAAUACGAGAAGAAGAUGCGAGUCCUUCGAGAUGAGCUGGAGCUUCGUAGGAAGACAGAGAUCCACGAGAUUGAAGAGAGGAAGAACGGACAGAUCAACGCGCUCAUGAAGAAUCAUGAAAAAGCUUUCUCCGAUAUCAAGAAUUAUUAUAAUGACAUCACACUCAAUAACCUUGCCCUUAUCAACUCACUGAAGGAGCAAAUUGAGGAGAUGAAGAAGAAAGAGGAGCGAAUGGAGAAGGAGAUGGGAGAGAUACAACUACAGAACAGAAGGUUGAUCGAACCUUUACAGAAAGCAAGGGAAGAAGUCGAGAAUCUUCGUAAACAACUGACUAAUUAUACCAAGGACAAAGCUUCACUGGCUAGUUCCAAAGCACGGUUGAAAGUGCUUGACAAAGAGAAGAAGGGACUUGAGUGGGAGCAUGAGGUGUUGGAACAAAGGUUUGAAAAGACACAAUCGGAGCGCGACGAACUCUAUCGUAAGUUUGUGAAAGCGAUCCACGAGGUCCAACAGAAAAGUAACUUCAAGAACCUUCUGCUCGAGAAGAAACUCUCAGCACUUGCAGAUUCCCUCGAGAAGAAGGAGGCGCAACUUAACGAGGUUCUCUCUGCGUCCAAUCUUGAUCCUACAGCUCUCACUGUGGUCACCAGGAAGCUGGAGGUAAGAUGGUUCAUAUAGUGGGGUAAGAUGGUU